AUGACGUCCUCGCCAGGUAAAGCAGCACUGGCAGGACAAGGACAAGGACAAGGACAGGGAAGCGCUGGAGACACCAGCACCACUGCAGCUCCUCCCUCACGGCACCUGGCGGCCGGCAUGGCACAGCGGCGCCCCGGUGCCCGGAUGCUGGCCAGAGAUGGCGGCUGCAGUGUAGAGACUAUUAGUGGAAAUCACAAAAGCAACCUUUCGCCACUCACUGGGCCAAAUUGUCCCCAGGAAAUCUCAGCAGACUCAUCAGAACAGACAUCCCAGCAUGCAUCUGACAGUGGACUACAAGACUCAUUAGAACAGACAUCCCAGCAUGCAUCUGACAGUGGACUACAAGACUCAUUAGAACAGACAUCCCAGCAUGCAUCUGACAGUGGACUACAAGACUCAUUAGAACAGACAUCCCAGCAUGCAUCUGACAGUGGACUACAAGACUCAUCAGAACAGACAUCCCAGCAUGCAUCUGACAGUGGACUACAAGACUCAUCAGAACAGACAUCCCAGCAUGCAUUAGACGGUGGACUACAAGACUCAUCAGAACAGACAUCCCAGCAUGCAUUAGACGGUGGACUACAAGACUCAUCAGAACAGACAUCCCAGCAUGCAUUAGACGGUGGACUACAAGACUCAUCAGAACAGACAUCCCAGCAUGCAUCUGACAGUGGACUACAAGACUCAUCAGAACAGACAUCCCAGCAUGCAUUAGACGGUGGACUACAAGACUCAUCAGAACAGACAUCCCAGCAUGCAUCUGACAGUGGACUACAAGACUCAUCAGAACAGACAUCCCAGCAUGCAUCUGACAGUGGACUACCAGAAGACGCUCCAAGCCACUGUGUCACAGGAUGUGUCCUGCGAGACCCUGUUUCCAGCUCCAGCCAGACCCAGGCGACACAUGUACAAGAAAUGUUCGACCUCUGA